AUGACGGGACAGAGUUGCAGUCCUGGACGGGCACGGGCCACCGGCGCGCACCCGCUGCCGCUGAUAAUAGCCCUGCUCCUCCUGCGCGCCCUACCCGCCACGGGAGGGUCGUGCUGGUCCAAGGUGAACAGCCUGGGCCGGUGCAAGGAGAUGCUGUCGCAGGGCGUGACGCGGGAGCAGUGCUGCUCGAGCCGUCAUUUGCCCGAUCCACCGACUACGACGACGACGACGCUCAUGACGGCAUACAGCGACGAGGACUACGACAACGGGGCCCUGUUCUUCUGGCAGGUGCUCGGCGGCGGGGUCAAGUGCGACUCGUGCUCGAGCAGCUGCGAGGGCGUGCGCUGCCCGGCCGGGCGACGCUGCGUCCUACGGAGGGGGGCCCCACGGUGUCUAUGCAACGACUGCGCUCCGGCCAGGCACCGCAGGGCCCAACAGCAGACACCGGUGUGCGGCAGCGACGGCAACACCUACAAGAGCGCCUGCCACCUGCGGGGCAUGGUCUGCCGAACCGGACGGGCCAUCUCCAUCGCUUAUCGGGGCCCAUGCGCAGGUUCCUGCGCCGGGGUGCGCUGCCGGCACGGGCGUAGCUGCCUGUUGGACCAGAAUCUGAGCGCCCACUGCGUCAAGUGCUCGCGCAGGUGUAGCCCCGGAGCGGAGCAAGCCGAGUUGGCGCGCGGGCCCGUCGGGGGCCUGCUUGGCCACUUGCACCAACCACCGCUCGACGACGAGUUUGGCCUGUGCGGCGUCGACGGCAAAACUUACAAGAGCUACUGUCAAUUGAGGGCCGAGGCAUGCAGAAGCGGCCGGGCCAUUGCUAUCGCCUACCGGGGACCCUGCGAGCACAGGGAUUGUUCGAGCGUGCAGUGCCGACCGGGCCAGCUGUGCCUCCAGGAAGCCGGGACGUCGCGGCCGAGGUGCGUGACGUGCCUGUACCGGUGCCCCAGGAGCAGGGAGUUGACGCGCGAGCGCAACAGGAGACGCGAGCACCGGGACAACUCGCCGCCGGCCCUCUGCGCCUCCAACAACCUCACUUACCCGAGCUGGUGCCACAUCAUCAAAGAAUCCUGUUUCACGGGCAUCGUCUUGGAAACGAGGCACGCCGGCCCCUGCAACGCCAAAGAUCCGCCUCCCUUUCACAGUAGCAGUAUAAGGAUAAGCAACGCCGGUAGCAAGAAAAAAAAUUAUAAUCAUACCGGUAAAAGUGACGGCGCUUCCAUGGAAACGAAAAUUGCAACGAAAAGUCUGCACGCGUCUGGUAAAAAAAACAUCGCGUACUCCAAAACAACAGCCAAGGACGGUACUUUCACAGUCUCGUAAGACUCGAGCGACUUUUAACACCUUUUUUUUUUUUUUUUUUUUGUUCAUUACAAUUCUUUGAUACUUUUACAUGCGGAUUAUGAAUAAUAUCGAGUUGCCAAGGAAGGUGUGCCGGGUAGUAUUGGCGCA